AUGGCCAUACUACCGGAGGUCACUGCACCAGACCGAAAGGUUCCUUUUCGCCAAAAGGUGUUAUGGACAGCCGUCACGCUCUUUAUUUUCCUUGUGUGCUCCCAAAUUCCGCUAUACGGCAUCAUGUCUUCUGAUUCCUCCGAUCCUCUUUACUGGCUGCGUGUAAUUCUUGCUUCAAACAGAGGUACCUUAAUGGAACUCGGUAUUACACCCAUUGUUACUUCGGGCAUGAUCAUGCAACUUCUGGCUGGUGCUAACCUCAUUGAGGUUGACUUCAGCUUGAAGGAAGACAGAGCGUUGUUUAGCGGAGCCCAAAAACUUUUUGCCAUGGUUUUUGCUUUUGGUCAAGCCACCGUGUCCGUAAUGACCGGGUUGUAUGGUGAUCCCUCCGAAAUCGGAGCUGGUGUCUGCUUAUUACUUGUCAUCCAACUUGUCGUUGCUGGUCUCAUCUCUAUGCUUCUGGACGAACUUUUGCAGAAAGGAUAUGGUUUGGGCUCCGGUAUUUCUCUUUUUAUCGCUACCAACAUCUGUGAAUCCAUCGUUUGGAAGGCAUUCAGUCCAACCACCGUCAACGCUGGCCGAGGUCCCGAAUUUGAGGGUGCCAUUAUCUCUCUAUUCCAUUCGCUCUUCACCUACAGCAAUAAAACCCGCGCAUUGAAGGAAUCAUUUUACAGAACCAAUUUGCCUAAUGUUAUGAACCUUCUGGCCACCGUGGUAGUUUUUGCCAUUGUCAUCUACCUUCAGGGUUUCCGUGUUGAACUUCCCGUUCGAUCUAGCCGUUUCCGUGGUCAGCGUGGCACAUACCCGAUUAAACUUUUCUAUACAUCAAACAUGCCAAUCAUGCUUCAAUCCGCUCUCACCACCAAUGUUUUCUUAAUUUCGCAAAUGUUAUACACUCGGUUUCCGGACAAUCUCCUCGUUCGUAUUCUUGGUGUUUGGACUCCGCAUGAAGGCUCAUCACAGCUAUUCGCGUCAAGCGGUCUAUCGUAUUACAUGUCACCACCACACAAUAUCACCGACGCUCUGUUGGAUCCAAUUCACACCUUGAUCUAUAUCGCUUUUAUGUUAACUGCAUGUGCCCUCUUCUCAAAGACUUGGAUUGAAGUAUCUGGAUCUUCGCCUCGUGAAGUGGCCAAGCAACUCAAAGAGCAAAACAUGAUUAUGGUAGGUCAUCGUGAUACUUCGACAUACAAAGAAUUAAAGCGUGUUAUUCCAACCGCAGCCGCAUUUGGUGGUGCUUGUAUUGGCGCCUUGUCCGUCCUCGCCGAUUUGCUUGGGGCUCUUGGAUCUGGAACUGGUAUACUGUUGGCUGUCACGAUUAUAUACUCAUACUUUGAAAUGUUUGUCAAGGAACAAGCAGCCGAAGGUGGAAUUGAUCUGUUCUAG